AUGACGCUACUCCACCACUGGACCGCGUCCACCAGCCAGCAGGUAGCAAAAGACAAGGAGAUACGCAACUUUUGGCAGAACACAGCCACGAGCGUCGCCCUUCAGCAUCUAUAUGUUCUCCAAGAAAUCAUGAGCGUGGCCGCUUUGCAUCUUGCAUAUCUCUCCCAAUCAGAAAAGUCCAUGUACAUGGAAAUUGCCUCGGAGCACCACAUCAGGUCGCUUCAGGGAUUCCAUACAGCCGUCAGCCAGUGCAGAAACGACAUUGAGCAAGGAUCCACGGUAUUUCUCUGGAGUUUGCUGAAUAUGUUCUACGUGUGCUUAACUCUAGGGCGCCUCGGUUGUAGCAGCGAUAUUUGUCGUGUAUUAGGCACCGUUUGGAUCCGUCUGAUACGGGGCAUUGAGUCGGUUAUAGAGGACAAUCGGCCUGCUGUUGAGAGCGAUAAUUUUAAUGCCAUCAGUAUGGGCGAGGAAGCCGGGUACUUCAGCCGGCUUGCCGAACAAAUCAGUGGCCAAGUAACAAAAAAGAAAGUGGUCCCUUGCUGUUAA